GCAACUUUCGGCCAUUUUUGGUUGUUUUCCUCAGCACAGCAGGCUGAUCUGAGGAGGAGGAGGGUUGUGCUCCACACUGAACCUCGGGCUGCUGUGGUGGAAGAUAAAAUGAUCCAGGAUCAGCGUGUCUCGGUGUCAUGCCAUCCCCCCUCGCGCUGCUAGGUGCGCGCCAGCCUCGCGAUAGCCUCGCCUACUGGAAUCAAACCUCCGCUCGCGCACUGGAUGCUGAGAGACGCGCGGUGCGUUGUGUUGCGGUGCGUGAGGUGCGGUGCGGUGCGGUCAUCAUGCAAAGGUUACACCGGAUCCGUCUCAGCGAGCCCGUGAAGAAGAAGCCGCUCUUCCGCAGGACCCGCUCGGGUCGCAGCGAACGAGACAUUUAGCGACGGAAGAAGCGACCAGCUCUCGUUUCCGGGCCUGUUCGGCGACAGCAGGUGUCGAUGGACUCAAGUUUGGGAUUUCCGUGAAAAGGCAGAGUGAACGCUGGCCCCUCUCGGCGGUAAAGUGGCUUCAUGAGUGUCCAAAGUAACAGUGGAAGUGGUGGUGGAAGUUUGGAGGCGACGCCAUCUUGGUCGCAGCUCUCCUCGUCCCCAACGAUUUCUCAACAACAUAUAACGGCGACCGCAAAGAGCAAGGAAGUCCCCAUGGAGGAGCUGCACAGCCUGGACCCCAGGAGACAGGAGCUGCUGGAGGCCAGGUUUACAGGAGCUGUCAGUGGCAACACAGGAGGCAGCACUGGGAGCACCAGUGGAGGUGUUAAGGGCCUGGCCAACGAGUCCUCUAACCACAGCUAUGGGAGCAUGGGCUCGUCUAGCGACAAGGAGUCGGAGAACUCUGAUUUGAAAAGAGGGAGCUCCCCCGCCUACUCAACCCCAGAGAAGAAGCACUCUGAAACGUCCAGAGGGAGGAAAAGGAAAGCUGACACCUACUCAGAGAGUAGUCAAGGGAAGACCUCAUCACGUGGGCCCAAGAUCAGCGACUACUUUGACUUCCAGGGAGGAAAUGGUUCCAGUCCAGUUAGAGGCCUCCCAUCAGCUCGUCGCUCUCCACAGAACUCGCACUCUGCUCCAGGCUCAAUCAUCCGGCAGAAUAGCUCCUCUCCUACAAGUCUGUGUUUUGGGGAACACAAUCUUAAAGCGUCCUCCAGCAAGUUGGUCCAGACGGACUUGACAGGGAUUAAACUUGCUGCUCUGGAGAGCAACAAGAGUCUGGACCUGGAAAAGAAAGAGGGGCGAAUAGAUGACCUGCUCAGGGCGAACUGUGACCUGCGGAGACAGAUUGAUGAACAGCAAAAACUCCUGGAGAAAUACAAGGAGAGGCUCAACAAGUGCAUCACCAUGAGCAAGAAAUUGCUAAUAGAAAAGAGCACCCAGGAGAAGCAGUCGUGUCGUGAGAAGAGCAUGCAGGAUCGCCUCCGCCUCGGCCACUUCACCACCGUCAGACAUGGAGCAUCCUACACGGAGCAGUGGACUGAUGGAUAUGCAUUCCAGAACCUGAUCAAGCAACAGGAGGGUAUAAACCAGCAGAGAGAGGACAUAGAGCGACAGAGGAAGCUGCUGGCCAAGAGGAAGCCUCCAAACACGGUGUCCCCCUCCCUCUCGGUAGCCUCCACCUCUGAACCCAAGCAGCGCAAAACCAAGGUGGUCAAUGGCAAUGAUUCGGACCCCUUCCUCAAGCCCUCCCUGCCCCAGCUAUUGACCCUGGCUGAGUACCACGAGCAGGAAGAGAUCUUUAAGCUCCGACUUGGACAUCUGAAGAAGGAGGAGGCUGAGAUUCAGGCGGAGCUGGAGCGUUUGGAGCGGGUGAGGAACCUUCACAUCAGAGAGCUGAAGAGGAUCAACAAUGAGGACAGCUCGGCGUUUAAAGACCAUCCGACUCUGAAUGAGAGGUACCUGCUCCUGCACUUGCUGGGCAGGGGUGGCUUCAGUGAAGUCUAUAAGGCUUUUGACCUGUUUGAGCAGCGCUAUGCAGCCGUUAAAAUCCACCAACUCAACAAGAACUGGAGAGAGGAGAAGAAGGAGAAUUAUCACAAGCAUGCGUGCAGGGAGUACCGGAUACACAAGCAGCUGGACCAUCCCAGAAUAGUGAAAUUGUACGACUACUUCUCGCUGGAUACUGACACGUUCUGUACAGUGCUGGAGUUCUGUGAAGGAAACGACCUGGACUUCUAUCUGAAACAAAACAAGCUGAUGUCAGAGAAGGAGGCUCGCUCCAUCGUCAUGCAGAUUGUCAGCGCCCUGCGAUACCUCAAUGAGAUCAAACCUCCCAUCAUCCACUACGACCUCAAACCUGGUAACAUCCUAUUGGUGGACGGAACUGCGUGUGGAGAAAUCAAGAUCACAGACUUUGGCCUGUCGAAGAUCAUGGACGAUGAUAACUAUGGUGUGGAUGGGAUGGACCUCACAUCACAGGGCGCUGGUACCUACUGGUAUCUCCCACCCGAGUGUUUUGUGGUGGGGAAGGAGCCGCCUAAGAUUUCCAACAAGGUGGACGUUUGGUCCGUGGGAGUGAUCUUCUUCCAGUGCCUCUAUGGACGCAAGCCGUUUGGUCACAACCAGUCUCAACAAGACAUUCUCCAGGAAAACACCAUCCUCAAAGCCACAGAGGUCCAGUUUCCUGCGAAACCACAGGCCAGCACAGAGGCCAAGGCGUUCAUCAGGCGCUGUCUGGCCUAUCGUAAGGAGGACCGGUUCGACGUUCACCAGCUGUGCUCGGACACCUACCUCCUCCCUCACAUGAGACGCUCAAACUCCUCCGGCUCCCUGCAGCCCUCCGUCUCCUCUCUGCCCUCCUACUGAUUGGCUCUCUCACGUGACUGACCGCACCCUCUAGCCAAUCCCGAGGCAGGAUUGUUGAAGCUGAAGGAUCUUCUUUUUCUUUUUUUUUUACCUGAGCUGCCCUUAAAAAUGGAUAGGUUGGCAACUGAACAGAAUCAAAUGAAGAGCUGGAUAGAAGAGAGGAGGAGCAGAGGGGAUUAACCACCUACAGUGUUGUGUCCUUGAACUCGACCGUGUGAGACAGGUCAGAGAAAAAAGAAGAAAGACUGAGAAGUUGAAGGGAAAUGGAAAGAGAGGCGCAGUGGUAGAACAGACAAGAGUUGAAUAGCUCCAAAUUGUUCAGAGCAGAAAAAGGAAAUUAUGAAGUUAUUGGAUUUGUUUAUGGACUUUAAUAAUUAACCCGUCUUAGGAGACAUUUCAACAGCUGUAGGAACUGCUAGAUGUCCUGUCCAUUCCCACCUCUACACCCACAUGAACAAACAUCCAAUAAACCCAACAGAAGGAGACAGAAUAGAGGUGUGUGUGGUGCAGAGGAGGUACGAGUGUGUGUGGACGACCUGUUUAACUCUGCAGUCCAUUCGAACGAAGCAUAAAAUGGUGGUUGAACUUCCCCUCUUCGCCCCUCCGCACACAACAGGGCUUGAUUUAGAAGUCCAGGUUGUAACCUUGAUGGGACUUGACAAGAACAAAAGGAAAAAAAAAAAAGUUCCAGAUUAAAUUUCUGGCCUCGAUUUGCACUUGUGAUCCAGACCCUGCUCGACUGGUCCCCCCCACUUGGCAUGAAGUACCGCAGCGUGGGCUCGCCCUGGACUAAAUCCUCCAUUCACAUUUUUCUUUUGUUGUUUUGCGAAGCAGCUCAGUUCAGGUCCACUCAAAGUGGACGUGUGAAUGUGUCUUAAUCCAUUGUUGCUGUUCAGGUAAGAGUAGAACUGUUUCAAAAGGGUGGAGUAAUACAGCACCAUGUCGCCACAGAUGCGUCAUGAACCUGCCUGAGGAGCUGAUCCGGUCUGAGCGACCGGAUCAGCCGUCUCUGCGGCGCAAAGACUCGGGGACACAGAAUUUCAGUGAACAUUUCAUGAGUAGGAGACAUCGAAGAAAUAUAUAGUCCUGAGGCAUAUCCUUGCUUCCGAGUGUCUCACUUUGCUCCGUUUAUUUGUGUUUCUGUUUGAAAGCUGUUCUCAGUUUGCUGCUAUAAAUGUUGCUUUUAGUUGGUAACGUGUGAAUGGUUUCUCACAUAUGUGCAUACUUGAACUGUGUUAAGAGGAACACUCUCCGAAGCAUCUUCUCUGAAAUGGACACCUGCUGCGCUGAUCGAGGGGGACGCGACACCUUCUUCUGCCAACGACAUCAAACGUCCACGUGGGCUCCUUUUUGUUUACUUUCAUGUAAAGGUCCAACAGACACUGUUUGGAGCUCGGUCUCAUUCUGCUGUGUAGUGAGAGUCGGUCAAAGCCAGCGGAGGUGGGCCCCCGCCCCGUGUUGCAGCAUGUUUUACUGCGGCUACAAAUCAAGUGGAUAUAUCCAAAUGUUGUCGUCCUCUAAAUAAAACACUUAACCUGUA